GCGGCAGGCAUGGCGGCGGCGGGAACCGGACCCAGCCCGGGAGCAGGUGCCGGGCCCGGCCCGGGCGCGGCUGCAAAUGCAGCAGCUGCAGAAGACGGAGAGACGAAGCCGGCGGCACCGGUAGCAGGCGCUCCGGCUGGAGAGGGGACGUCUGCUGCUCCCGCGGCGGAGCCCAGCUCGGGAGAAGCUGAGAGCGGGGAUGCCAGCUUGGCGGAUAUAAGCGGCGGUUUAGAGACAGAAUCCGCGAACGGGAAGGAUACACUAUGGGCACAGGACGGCGCCGGGGACACGUCGGAGGUGAUGGACGUGCAGACGGGCUCGGUGGACGAGAACUGCCGGCAGCUGGGGGAAGUGGAGCUGCAGUGCGGCAUCUGCACGAAAUGGUUCAUGGCGGAGACCUUCGGCAUCGACACUUCAUCCUGCCUGCCUUUCAUGACUAACUACAGUUUUCAUUGCAAUGUUUGCCAUCACAGUGGGAAUACCUAUUUCCUCCGGAAGCAAGCAAACUUGAAGGAAAUGUGCCUUAGUGCUUUGGCCAACCUUACAUGGCAGUCCCGAACACAGGAUGAGCACCCGAAAACCAUGUUCUCCAAAGAUAAGGAUAUUAUACCAUUUAUUGAUAAAUACUGGGAGUGCAUGACAACCAGACAGAGACCUGGGAAAAUGACUUGGCCAAAUAACAUUGUUAAAACCAUGAGUAAAGAGAGAGAUGUGUUUUUGGUAAAGGAACACCCUGAUCCAGGGAGCAAAGACCCUGAAGAAGAUUACCCUAAAUUUGGACUUCUGGAUCAGGAUCUUAGUAACAUCGGUCCUGCUUACGACAACCAGAAACAAAGCAGUGCAGUGUCUACCAGCGGGAAUCUGAAUGGGGGCAUUGCAGCAGGGAGCAGUGGAAAAGGAAGAGGAGCCAAGCGCAAACAGCAGGACGGAGGGACCACGGGGACCACCAAGAAGGCCCGCAGUGACCCUUUGUUUUCUGCUCAGCGCCUUCCCCCUCAUGGCUACCCCUUGGAGCAUCCAUUUAAUAAAGAUGGCUAUCGGUAUAUUUUAGCUGAGCCUGACCCCCACGCCCCUGACCCUGAGAAGCUCGAACUUGACUGUUGGGCAGGAAAACCUAUCCCUGGAGACCUCUACAGAGCCUGCUUGUACGAGCGAGUUUUGUUAGCCCUACAUGAUCGAGCUCCCCAGCUGAAGAUCUCCGAUGACCGGCUGACUGUGGUUGGAGAGAAGGGCUACUCCAUGGUGCGGGCCUCUCACGGGGUGCGGAAAGGUGCCUGGUACUUUGAGAUCACUGUGGAUGAGAUGCCACCCGACACUGCUGCCAGACUGGGUUGGUCUCAGCCCUUAGGCAACCUCCAAGCUCCCUUAGGCUAUGAUAAAUUCAGCUAUUCUUGGCGGAGCAAAAAGGGAACCAAGUUCCAUCAGUCCAUUGGCAAACACUACUCCUCUGGCUACGGACAGGGAGAUGUCCUGGGAUUCUACAUCAACCUUCCUGAAGAUACGGAGACAGCCAAGUCAUUGCCUGACACAUACAAAGACAAGGCUUUGAUCAAGUUCAAGAGUUAUCUGUAUUUUGAGGAGAAAGACUUCGUGGAUAAAGCAGAGAAGAGCCUAAAGCAGACUCCCCAUAGUGAGAUAAUAUUUUAUAAAAAUGGUGCCAAUCAAGGUGUGGCUUACAAAGAUAUUUUUGAGGGGGUUUACUUCCCAGCCAUCUCACUGUACAAGAGCUGCACGGUCUCCAUUAACUUCGGGCCGUGCUUCAAGUAUCCUCCCAAAGACCUCGCUUGCCGCCCCAUGAGUGACAUGGGCUGGGGCGCUGUGGUAGAGCACACCCUGGCCGACGUCUUGUAUCACGUGGAGACAGAAGUGGACGGCAGGCGGAGUCCCCCGUGGGAACCCUGACCGGCCCCUCUGUGUUUUCAGACACGGACUUCUGGGGAGAAGACUGGGGCUUUGGUCUUUGCUUUUUACCCGUGCGCAGUGUUCCCGCAGCUGCCGCAGAACACGGCCUCACCCUUCAGCAAGGCGCAAGGCUGGGUGGGCCUGCGGGACACCCCUGCCCUCACGCAUCCCGUCCCCCGCUUCCAGUGACUGCUCUUCCUCUGUGUGCCAUAAACCGACAGCCGCUGACCCCAGGAUCCCGUAUGCUCCCUGUGGAACUGGUGCUGUGCCACAUCCCCCGCCCGCUGGGACUCGUUCCCUCACUGGAUUUUCCAAGGCGUGAAUAAUCUCGUCCAAGUAGCUAAGUUAUCUGAAGACGUGUCUUCCGUGGGCAUUGACUCCACUCCACCCCACCUGACUUCUGCUCGGGGGGAGGGCCUGCUUCCGAGGACAGCUGGAAUCACUGGCUGUGCCUUCCGGAGCAGUCCAAAGACUGUCACCUCUCUGCGUGAGUUUGGUUUUGCUAUUAAUUUUAAACACUGGGACCUCUGAAACGACUAGGUCUCCAGAGCUGUAAUUGUGACAGGGACUUGCUUCCACUUUACCAGAAACCCUUCCCCAAUAAACUUGUUCUUGAGUUUGCGCAGCCCUCGGAUUCCUUGGAGGUCGGGGCGGAGUGAGGAAGGGGAGCCAGCACUGGAAGGGAGAGACGCGUCUCGGGCCCGAAUCUCAGGCCCUUCCCUCUUGGCCUCUUCUCCAGCCAAAGGGGCAGCCUCAGGAGGGUUUAAAGGGCCAACGUUCUGGCCCUGCCCCUCUCCCAGCCAAGGCAUCUCUGCGUGCAGGCUGUCUCCCUGCCUGCCUGUCUUCCUUCCUAAUAGCCCACGACUGAAGGGCAGUGUUCAAACCACUAAAUGCUGGGAUGUGAGAAUGACCCCCCCCCCUUGAGUCCCUCUGGAGCUUCGCCAGCUCCCCUUUUAAACACGCUCAUCUCAUGGCAAAAUGUGGCCCCCCAGGCCUGCCUCAGCAACACUGCUACUCAUGACUGACGCAAAGUCAGCGCUGGGUCCCUGCAGUGUCCACAUGUGUUACCCACGUGACUCUGAUGGAUGUCCGAGUUCCCAGUCUAAAAAGUUACCCAAAUUUCAAGUGAGUGUUGGUAUCUUUUGGUAAUGCUGACUUGAUACAUUUGUCCUCUGCUGAGUUCCUUAGACUCGGAUUUGCCCAUUCGGUGUCUCCUACCAGGAAAGCGGGCACGGGACCGCUGGAGCUGUAGGCUGGAGUCUCAGCCUGUCACUCCCUAGACAGCUGUUGACUUGGGAGCCCAUCCUACAGGGCCCACCGUGGUGGGAGGCUUUUAGGUCAUCGGAGCAGGAGGGACUCCCAGGAAAAUGGCGUUCCUUUCCAUACCCACUCCGUCUCAGCGUAGCUGGCCUUCAUAACUUAGAGGUCACAGAAAAGACUUUCUGGUGAAUACUUGAAAAGAGAGUGAGCGUUUGCUAAGCUAAUCCGAAGGGCUCAAAGAAUACCUACUCUCGACACAGUCUGGUCGUCAGUGACAACUUGUUUUAUUCCAGUGAAAAAUAGCAGCUGGGAAAAUCUCCCCAGACACCACAGAGACAUAAUACAUGGUUUGAAGGCAGCAAAUGAGAAUCCAACUCAAAACCUUGGUGUUUGUUGGAAGCCUCUUUAUUAUCCUGUUUUUCUCUUGAAAUGAGAGUAUCUGUUGCUUUCACAUCGCUGUAAACAAGUAGCCAUUUUCUCUCAGUUGGUAGUGGACGGUCAUUUUAAGAACUUCUUUGUAACCAUCCUGUCUCCCCCUGAAACUUUUAAAUAAACAAUUCUAUCCAUACCAAAAGGAAACUAAGAAACAAGAAUAAAUUAUGAUAAAUACUUCUAUCACUUGUAAAAUUGUAGUACCUCAAUAAAUACCAGUGUUUCCACCA